GUGACUAUCUCACCGGCCCAGAUAAGUUUGUGGGACUAUACCACGUUGAAUAAACCGGUUCUCGUUCACUGUCAGUUAAUUGAUAUUAAUAUAUAAACACACGUAAGACCGUAACACUAGGCAGUAUAGUAGAAAGUCUGUAGUCUGUCUGGACGAACAGACAAAAAAAUGUCAAUGCCAAACUGAAGUUCUGAGAGUUUACGUAUUUGUCUUUGGUCAAAAAAAGGGAAUUAUUAUUGGCCUCUUUGUAUUGGCCUUUCCGUAGGUCUAUAAAUUAUCUUUAUAAUUGGUGGAAGCAUUAAUGUUGAAGUGACCCAUUGUUUUAUAAUUUACAUCAAGGGAUGCACAAGUACUAGUGUAAUAAAACCCACUAAUACCACUUACCAGUGGCGAUGUAUAAAAUGGUGCGUUAAGUGUAAACUAUCAAAAUGAGUUGUUCUGUGCUACGAGUGUUAAUGUGGAAACAUUUCACCGUCCGAAUUAGGCGAUAUAUUCACAGUUCUGUGGAACUUUUAACUCCGUUAAUAUUUUUUGUUAUAUUACUUGCAUUUAAAGAGAAAAUAAUACCUACACCGUAUUCGGCUGUUGUGGCGCAUCAACGAGCUGGAGUCCAGCAGACGGAACCGUUCACGCUAGGAAAGGAGAAUGUACUGAACAGGAUCUUUUACUAUCCGGAUGGUACGCUGCCGGAGCGGUUGAUGCAAGAUGUCGGGUUGCAGAUGCGGAAGCAGAAACUGCCAAACCUGGACGGGCCAUAUAAGUGGGCUAGCGGCUACUACGGUUUACACAACGAAUCCGAGUUAAACGAGAAAAGUGUCAUACAAAACAGAGAUGCUGUACUGAUUUUUCACAAUCUGGAUGGCACCGACUGGCCGACGACCUUGAACUACACGAUACGAAUGAAGGGAAUCUUCAACACCGAACGCAUAGAGCCCAUGGACGGACAGCUAGUACCACACGAUAACUUCGGCACAGUUUACGAGGAGUUUAUGAAGCUGCAAUGGGUUGUGGACGCGAGCUUCAUCAACAUCACAACCGGCAAGCCCUUGGAACAGAAACUGACCUUCCAAGAGUUUCCGUACUACAGACGAAUGGAAAAUAAAGUCAUCGCGCUCAUUUGUAUGUUGCUGAUCGUGUUGUGCUACAUAUCGCCGCUGUUGGUGUUCGUGUUCCUGGUAUGCAGGCUGCUGGAGGAACGAGCCUCAGGGAUACAGGAGCUAACGAAAAUGGUGGGCGUCCCGUCACAUCUGCUGGGCAUAUCGCACUUUCUGAACGUGUUGCCGGCCGGGCUGCUGUUCGCGAUCUUCGGCACGAUAGUACUCAAGGUCACCGCCAACCCGUUCAUACCGAACACUAAUGGAAUCUACAUUUUCAUCUUGCUCAUACUGCACUACGUGGCGUUAGUGUCUAUGGCGUUCGCGUGCAGUUACCUGGCCAAAGGAACGCAAUACAGCAUCACGAUAGCGCUGUUCGCGUACGCGGCGCUGGGCAUGCCGGCGCUGCUGGUGUCCAAGUACUCGCUGCCGCGCGCGCUGGUGUACCUCGCGGGGCUGCUGCCGCACAAGCCCAUGGUCUGGUUCUGGAACGACGUGCGCGCCAGCGAGGAGUUCGAUUCGGGCGUAACAACAGGAACACUUUUGAAGUCGUACAUCACCGAUAGCGCUCCCGUGCUGAUAAGCUACGUCAUGCUGAUACUUCAGACGGCCAUAUUUUUCUCUCUCACCUGGUAUUUGAACCUGGUACGCCCAGGGAAGUACGGACAGGCGCUCCCCUGGCUCUUUAUGUUCAAGAGAAGUUACUGGAGCAAGAACGAAGUGAUACCGGAUGACUCUUCCGAGUCGAGCGACACCGAACUGAUGGACCGGUCCCCGAAAACUUCUUACGGCGAGUACCAAUACUUCGAGAAACCCGAACAAGAUCUCGAUGUGGGCAUUAAGAUUGUCAACGUUUCUAAGGUAUAUCCGGAUCAGGUGGCCUUGGAUAAAGUCACAUUGGACGUGUAUAAAAAUGAAAUAACAGUGCUGCUCGGACACAACGGCGCCGGGAAAACUACGCUCAUGUCCAUCAUUACUGGCAUGAUAGGCGCGACCCGCGGCUCGGUGUACGUAAACGGGCUCAGCACGACGUCGCAGCUGGACAUGGUGCGGCGCCACCUCGGCCUGUGUCCGCAACACAACCUGUUCUUCAGCGACCUCACCGUGCUCGAGCAUGUUAUGUUCUUCACGCUGCUAAAAGGCACUACGUACAAGAAGGCGCUGAUGUCUUCUAAAGAACUGCUGAAUGACCUCGGCCUCAGAGACAAGGAGCGCAACAAGAGUUCUGAGUUAUCCGGCGGCAUGAAGCGUCGCCUGCAGCUGGCCUGCGCGCUGGCGGGCGACGCCGACGUGCUCGUACUCGACGAGCCCACCUCCGGACUCGACGUCGAGACUCGACGCAGUCUCUGGGACCUGCUGCUGGGCCUGCGCGGGUCCCGCACGGUGCUGGUGUCCACGCACUUCAUGGAGGAGGCGGAGGCGCUGGGCGACCGCGUGGCGGCGCUGCACCGCGGCCGCCUCGCCUGCCACGCCACGCCCAUGCACCUCAAGCGGGCUGUCGGUACCGGCUAUCGCCUCUCUGUAACAACCGAAGGCACGCCAAUGGAAUCUAAAGUGACGGCGUUGGUACAAAAGCACAUACCCUCAGCCACCAUCAAAGACCAAGCCAUGAACUCCCUGACGUACAGCCUGCCAGCGAACGAGAGUAGCAAGUUCGAGCAACUGUUCUCCGACCUGGAGGACAAACGAUACGAGCUGAAGAUUAAUUCUAUGGGUGUGGGAAUAUCGACGCUGGAGGAAGUGUUUUUGAAGUUGUGCAGCGAUGUGGACACAUCAUGGAAAAACUUAGAGCAAAAUGGAAACGGCACUUUAAAUGAAACUCCGCAGUACGUGAAGCAUACCGGAUUCGCGCUGUACAAGCGACAACUCUGGGCACUACUCAAGAGGCAGGCGAGAUACAUUAUAUCCAAGAAGCACUCCUUUUUUAUCCUCCAAGUUGUGAUGCCGAUAUUCUUCCUGUGCGGCUUCACGUACCUUUUCAACAACGACGUGUUGGAGACUGAGCCCGUGAACCCGUCGCGGACCCUCGACCUGGACCUCUACAACUACAGAGAUGACAGGCGCGUGCUGUACAACGCUGAUGACGUCACCGCGCUCGCGCAAACCUACCCCAAAGUGCAGUUCGAACGCAGCUCGGAUAUUUACGAAGGUAUACUGAACUACGCUAAGAAAGACGUGUGGGACUACAACAAGUACUUAUUCGGUUUAGAAUACAACGAUACGGAUGCUAAGGUGUGGUUCACGACGACGCUGCGCCACGCGGCGCCGGUGGCGCUGUCGUCGCUGGCCAACGCGCUGGCGGCGGCCCGCGGCACGGCGCGCGUGUCCACGGCCGUGUGGCCGCUGCACUCCGACCGCCAGUGGCAGCUGCGCCAAGCCGUCGUGCGCGACGCCAAGGCGCACUACACCGCCAUCUUGUGGGCCGUCAGCUGCAUAUUCGUGAUCCUGUCGACGAGCAUCAACGCGCUGUCGCUGGUGUGCAAGGAGCGCGUGUGGGGCUCGCGGCACGCGCUGGUGAUGUCGGGCGCGGCGCCGGAGCUGCACUGGGGCGCCACGCUGCUGAGCCACGCGCUGCAGUCCGCGCUGCUGCUCGCGCUGCCGCUGCUGCUGGCCGCCGCCGCGCUCGACACCGACCGCACCAUCGACCAGCCCGCCUUCAUCUUCUCGUUCCUGCUGGUGUUGAUGCUGGGCUGCGUGGCGUUCUUCUCGUUCAUGUACGUGGUGAGCCUGAAGUUCGACGAGCGCGGCGCCGGCGGGUUCCUCGCCGCUUACGUCAUCGUCUUCUGUUUCAUAACGCCGCUAAUCCAAACUGCAUCGGACAUAUUGCACGACGAGGAGUCAUCGAACGGGUUCGGAUGGGUGCUGCUGCAGUUGUCGCUGUACUGCACGCCGCCGCACGCGCUGAUGAUGGCGGCGGCGCGCUGCGUGUCGGUGGCGCGCCUCAACGCGCUCUGCACCCUCAACCGGGACCGCUGCCCCGCGCCCGCGGUCUUCGACAACGGCUUCGACACCGACGCUUGCUGUGCCGGCCGCGCUCCGAGAUGCUAUAUGUGCAUAGACGAUUACGCGCCGGGCAAGGAGAUGAUCAUACUGGCGGUGCAGUUUGUGGUGUUUAUGACGCUGGUGGUGCUGAGCGGGCGCGGCGUGUGGGCGCGCGCGUGGGGAGCUGCUGCCGUCAACGUGCGCUACCGGGCCGGCGUGGAGCUCGCGCCCGCGCCCGACCCCGCCGCCGGCCCCGCGCCCGACCCCGUGCGCGCCGCCGCCGAGUACGUGGGACACGCCAUCAAUCUGGCUCCAAACAGACAAGACGCGAUGUUGGUACACGACGUACACAAAAACUACUUCAAAGUGUUCGGCAAGUCGUGCAACGCGGUCAGAGGUGUUAGCUUCGCAGUGAAAAAAGGCGAAUGCUUCGGCCUGCUGGGCGUAAACGGCGCGGGCAAGUCCACCACGUUCAAGAUGAUGACCGCCGAGGAGUGUCCCACCAGAGGCAACAUCUUUGCCAACGGAUACCACCUGGAUCGCAACCCGGGACCGUACUUGCGCACGUUGGGCUACUGCCCGCAGUUCCACGGGCUGGACCGGUUCCUCAGCGGGCAGCAGAACCUAGAGCUUCUCCUUACCAUGCGUGGACUGAGCGGGCAAGAUGCACGGAAGGAAGCUGAUUCAUGGAUUGGUAUACUCGGGCUGCAGCACGUGCGCGAGCGCGCGCUGGGCUCGUACAGCGGCGGCUCGGCGCGGCGGCUCGGCGCGGGCGCGGCGCUGGCGGCGGGCGGCGCGCUGGUGCUGCUGGACGAGCCCACGGCCGGCGUGGACGUGGCCGCGCGCCGCCGCCUCUGGGCCGCCGUGGCACGCGCACGCACGCAGGGCCGGUCGCUGCUGCUGUCGUCGCACAGCAUGGACGAGACGGAGGCGCUGUGCGGCGCCAUCGGCAUCAUGUCGCGCGGCCGCCUGUGCGCGCUGGGCUCGGCGCCCGAGCUGCGCGCGCGCCACGCCGCCGGACACGCCGUGCUGCUGCAGCUCGCGCGCCCCGCCCGCGCCGCCCGCGCCGCGCCCGCCAGCGACCAGGUGGACACUUCAAAAUCGCAGAUCGACGAACUCAAAGUAACACUGAACAAUACAUUCGUGGGAACGGUCAAAGACGAACACCAGACGAUGCUACGAUACCACAUAAAUGAUCCGAUGCGGUACAGCGAGUUAUUCGAGAAACUAGAGCAACUGAAGCAGCAGUACCCAAAUCUGGUUGUGGACUACUCCGUUACUGAGACCACUCUCGAGGAGGUGUUCCUGGCAUUCGCGAAGGAAUCACAUUCGCAAACCGUGUGACGUAACAACUAAGUCGGCUGCAGGCUUCUCCAACUGCGAAGAUA